UCCUUUCAUGCUGACUGGCUCAUAGGAUGUUGUAGACAUUGGGACCCUGCUCCCGAAAAAGUAAGAGGUUGAAGACCCCCCCCAACCCUGGACUACUACACCCCUGACAAGCAGGCACAUGGUUGGGCUGAAAGACUGCCAGUUGCCAACGUUUUUCUGAUCUCUGCUGCCUGAUCUCAAGGGCAUCCUUCCCCUUGCAGUGCUAUCAAACACUAGAACAAGAACAGCUCUGCUGCUGUAUACGUUGGGAUGACUUUUAUUUUUCCCAGACGAGUUUAUCUUGUGGGCAAAAACUUCAGCACCACCUUCCACAGAAGAGAAGACAACGGACAACAAUGGCCCAAUGAUUUCUUUUCUCCCUAUAAUUGAAACAGCCUCAUUCUGAGGCAGAAACCACAGCUCUCCCUUGGCUCCAUGGGUUCCUGGGGCGCAGGCCUUUUGUUCUUUUGGUCUUCACUCGGGAAGCAGCAUUUCUCUCUCUCUCUCCACCCCCACCCCCGUUUUUCAGACUGAUCGAAACCAGCAGCUGUACUUGCUGGAGUCCGUCUCUCCUCUCCCCCACCCCGCACACUUCUCGGGGGCGUUUUUUCUUUCUUCAAGCCACCCCUUGAACCUGAUCUCCAGAUUCCUCUCACCCCCAAUUCGAAUUUCACCGGGCAAUCGGAGCAAGAGGGGUGUUUGUUUGCUUUUGUUUUAGGGGCGGUAGUAAAAAUCGAGCGCGCGCUUUCCUUCGGAGUCGGAGGGGGUAUUCCUUUCACAGCAGCAGCCGCUGGCGACGAACCUAGACUGGCUUUUGCUUUGGAGGGAUCUCGUCAGGUCACCUCACCCUCCACCCGCUUUGGAUGGUCCCAACCUUGCCAAGGGAAAUGAUGCCCUCCAGGACGGCUGAAUGUCCCGAUCCCGCCAACAUCCCCACUUCUCCCCGCUCCCCUGGACUCUGGACCAGGGCAGUGAAGUGACUGAUGGAAACCUCGAAGAGAGCAGCGGCAGCAUGGAGUGGGAAUUCAACUUGCUCCUCUACCUGGCGCUUUUCUUCGUCUUGCUCUUCCUGCUCUUCCUGCUGCUUUUCGGCGUCAUCAAGCAGCUGAAGAAUUCCGUGGCUAGCACGGGGGCUCUCCAGCCUGGGCGCCACUCCUUGCGGGAGCCCUGGGGCUUCUGCCGCGAGCAAGCCCUGUGAGGAGACGAGGGCCACGGCGCCGCGCCGCCUCUAGGGGGCGCCUCGGGCGAACGCUCCGACCAAAAGCACCACCUCCUCGCAGCAGUUCGUCUCAACCCGCCCUCCCCUCCUCCAAGCACCGGGGGCUCUAGAUAUGGGAGUCAAGAGACCUAGGUGAGAUUAUCUUCUCUUUCCAGCUGGACCCCCCCUGUUCCACUGGGCAUCAGGACAUGAAUGCCAUAUCACUUGUCCUUGAACAAAAUGAGACUUUGUUCUUUGGAAAAAGACAAUCUGAUUGAAAAGGCAGCUGUGCUCGGAGAUUGGACAAGCAACAGAGUUAACCAAUAAUGGCCAUGCAACACAGCAAAGCAGAAUAUGUUUUAGUGAAGAACUAGAACUUGUGUUUUAAAAUGUCAGUCACAUUCUUUUUCAAAGUGUGCUUGGUUUUUGUUUGUUUGUUUGCCAGUCCCCAUAAAUCUGGUCAACCCAUAAAUAGCUUUUCUCCUUGGGAAUGUGUUCAUGACAGCUGCUGAACAGCAGGCAUCUCUUGAGAUUGCAACAUAAAGAAGAAUGAAAAUUCAAACAGCAGUAACUUGGUAUUCAUUCACCUCCUCUCCCCACCCCCCACCCCGUUUAGUUCUUUGUUUUGCAAAUGAAAUUUGUACUCUCUCAUGAUUUAUGUUUAUAUCUUUCUGGAAACACUGAAGUAAAAUAAUAACACUUGUAACAGGAUUAAAAGAGCACUGACCUUCACCCCUAGUGAUGAAGAGAACGAAAAUCCUUAUUUAAUCAUUAUUCUAAAUAACUCAUUAACCUGGAACAUCAGUCAUCUGCUCUGCAGAAAUUACCAUGAUUUUAAAUCGCCAGCCUGUAAUGUGCCAUGUACAUAACCAGAUAGCCUCAGGGUGUUGGAAUACAGUAGGUGUAUUAUGAUCAUCUAUAUGUCAAAAAUCCAGUUACCAUCAUACUCGAGGAUUAUCAUAACACAGAACCCAGUAUGGUAUUAUUUAGACAGAGGCAUGGCUACUACUUUAAUAGCAAUACAUAGUUAAUCUCUAUGCCAGGGGUAGCUGGCAUGCUGCUCUUCAGAUGUAGCUGGACUAUAGCCCCCAGCAUCCCUGGCUAUUGGCCAUGCUGCUGGGGCUAAUGGGAGUUGAACAACAUUUGAGGGGCACUGUGUUGGCUACUUCUUCUGUAUGACCUUCCCACAGUAAUGGCUUUUGUUUUCUGGGAAUGGGGCCAGUUUAAAGCUAAUAUACUGAAACUCUGUGUGCAAAAGCUGUCGAAGGCUGUGAUCCACACCACCUAGAAUGGAAAAACUUCCAUUGGGUUAUAAUGGAGUUGGGGAAAUGUCUUUUUAAUGUUUAUCUUUUUUGUAUUUUUAAAAUGAUUGUGCUGAUGUUACAAAGUCCUGUGAAUUGUCAUAGUGUGUGCCUUUCUGUGUACAUGAAUAAAAAAUUAAAAAUAAUAUGUAUAUAUAAAACAA